AUGGUUCGUUGUUAUAGCAUCGUCUUAAGUAUCUAUCUAUUCUGUUCUUCAAUAUAUGCUUCAAAUGACUGGUCACAAUUUGAAGCACAUGAUAUUUAUCCAGUUGCUGAUAAAAGUAAUUGUGUAUUUCCAUUUACAUACAAGGAUAAAGUUUAUAAUGAUUGUACAACUGAUGGAGAUAAUGGAAACUUACCUUGGUGUUCUUUAACAUCAACGUACCAGGGUAUAGGAACUUAUUGCUAUAAUUUCUGGAAUUCAACUUUACAAUGUCUUCCUAAGUUUACCAUUAAUGGAAAAACUUACACUCAAUGUGAUUAUUUAUCAAAAACAGCAAUGUAUAAACAAUGUAAAACAAAUAAUUCUGCUGCUCCGUACCGUUAUUGUAUUGAAGACAUUUUUACAAAAAGUGGAAGAAGUUUAAAUCAAGUGAGUUCGUGUGAUCCAGCUUAUAAAGCAUUAUCGCCUUUUCAUACAAUGUGCUACGGACCAAGUAAUUAUGCUAUUCCAAUUCCAAUCACUCCUACUGAAAAACAGGAACUGCUUGAUAUGCAUAAUGCAUAUCGUGCCAACACUUCUGCUAGAUACAUGUUCAAACUUUAUUGGGAUGAUGAAUUAGCUAAAAUUGCUCAAAAUCAUUCAGAUAUGUGUUUUUUUGAUCAUGAUCUAGCCGCAAAUCGUUAUAGUACACUAUAUAAUUGGAAAAAUGGACAAAAUAUGGUUAUGACAAAUGAAAUUAGGAGCGGUUUAGCGGAUUUAUUAGACAUGAUGUUUAGUAGUGAAAUAGUUAACUUUGUAUAUGGUACUGGAUGUGCUCCAGAUCCAGGCACGUGUUUACAUUACACGCAAGGAGUGUUAAAUAACAUGACGCGUGUUGGCUGCGCUCAUACACACUGUGUUUUUCCUGAUCGAAUAGAGCGAUAUUUAACAUGUAAUUACAUACUGUCACAAUACACAAAUAAUUAUAUGAUACCAUAUGUACCAAGUAAGGUUCCAGCUGUUGAUUGUCCAUCAAAAGCAGUUGGAAAUUUAUGUGAUUGUGGUAAUAAAAUUUGCAAUUAUAAUAAUGGUGAAUAUCUUGAUCCGGCUACGUGCGAUUGUAAAACACCAGUGACGAAAAGAUCGAUUGGAGAACAGGAUCCUAAUAGUAUUAAGCAUCCGAACAGCAAUGAAGAACCAUUUGUAACUAUGCCACCUGGAAAGAAGAUAGGUUUACAUGCACCUAAAAAUAGCUUCAACUAA